AUGAGCAAAGACUCCUCCCCCACAAACAUCCACAUGCAUCAUCCCCGGCUAGCCGACUACUUUGAAGAAUUCACCCGCCCACACACCUCCCAAACAGCCAACGUGACCGCGUCCGCUUCCGCCUCCCACCUCUACCAGCACGGCUAUAGCCACGGCGUCACGUACGGCUCCUCCUCGCCGACGCUGGUCCCGUCAUACCUGCCAAUCGAAGAGAUCUAUGUGCUGCCGCAGUAUCAGCCGCCCAACCCGGAGGAUGAGGAUGAUGUGGUGCCGGACCAGCAUGCAGCGUUUGGUAUCACGAGGGCGAUGGAGCGGAAGAGGGAGCCUGUUUGGAGGGAUUUGGGGUUGGAGGGGUUGGUUGCUGGCGGGAAGGUUGAUGGGUGGGAAGAGGACGGUUUGUCUGCGGUGAUGGACCCUAGUGUGGGUCGAGGGUUCGAUUUCGUGUUUUGGGUGUUUCUUUGA